CCAAGUUUCAAAUAGGUGACACAUCUUUGAAUAUAUUUAGUUCAACAUGAGAAGGACUAACAUCUGCGAAAGAAACUUUGGACUGCUUUGUAAACGUCGUUUUUAUAGACCAGUUCCCUGAAGUUAAGAAUUCCGUUUGACACCAUGGAAGAAGGACGGGGAGAUGGACGGUGCUCUGGCUACCGUAUUCCACUGGAAUUGGGAAGAGGGGAACCAAAUUUAAGAUUUCGUAGAUUUUGCAUUUCCCUGCAUAGCGAUGAGAUCUCAUUCAUAAUUUCGGCGGCGCCAAGACAAUCUGAUAACGAUAUUGAGAGUGACGACAAUAACGAGGCGGCCCAUAAUGAAGACCAUGGCGUGGCGGGGGACAAUAUUGAAGACACUGACGAGGAGGGGGACAACAACGAAGAAAACGAGGAUGUCAUUGUUGACAGUGACAGCGAGCGUGAAGAGGGUGAGGCGGACAACGCCGAUACAGACAGCGACGGCCAUAACGAGGAUAGCGAUAACAGUUCGCUGCUGGAAGCCGAUCACUUUGCGUGGAUCCGCUUCAUCUGGCAGGUGUGGCCGUUUUCCUGCGGCAACAUAUUUGAGGAAAUCGUCUUCGAAUUCCACGGCGUUCACGAGGAGGAUCUGAUCAUUAGUGCCUUCGAUGUCAUCCAGGAGCACGUUGAAGAAAACGACGGUAAUGACAACAUCGAAAGCGACGACCACGUCGGUGAAGACAACGAGGGAGAGGCCGACGUCGUCCAGUGUCCGGAGGAAGUGGAGGAGAUCUCCUUGCCUUUGCCCUUGCCGCUGGUGAGUGACAAUCCUAAACAUGAGGAACGGGAAGAGAAAGAUGUGCAAUGGUGGCAUGAUUAUAACAGCUCUGAGAGUGUUGACGAGGAAGACCCGGACCCACAAGACGGGAAAGCGGAGAAAUCAGGACCACGGGUAGACUUGAGUGAUAAACGUGAUCACAGCACCAGUAUUGGAGAUUUGGCUGAGGAACGGGAAGCACCGGAUGAUUGCAUCACUUGCUUUGGUAAUCCGGAGGCGGAGGAAGACCCUUUACCUGGACCGUCCAGAAAGAGGCCGAGAGACGAGGGCUCGAGACAUCAAUUUGAAACAGGACGCAGAAAGCGUUUCUGUCCCCAGAAUGAUAACAACUCUGACGGCAGCCCAGACUUAGACGACUCGAAAGAAACUCAUGAGUAGACCUUUCUCCCGACAUCAAAAAGUCCAAAAAAGAUGGAUCGUCUUAUAUUUUUGCAUGCAAACACCACCCAGGAGAGAAUCUGUGCUUUUAAUAAGAAUAAUAAAUUGUAUUUGAAUGGCACUUUACAUUUGAACAACAAAUCUCAAAAGUGCUACAGAGUAAAACAUCAUAAAAGCAAUAAAACAAGACAGUAAAAAAUAUUCAAAUUAGCUAUAUGCUUUU